CGUCGUGUCAACGAGGCUAGCCCAGCAUCACCGCCCUCCUCCUUCUAUCGCCUUGUUUUCUGUCUUUUACUUCACCUAUUCCGCAUUCGCUCUUCUGUCGAGUAUCGCUCGGUGUUAAACACGCGGUACUCGCUUUCCAUUUGCAUUCGUUCUGUCGACUGGUUCGUGUUUCAGGCGGCGCUCCUGUCGUCGUGCCGCAUCAGCCGCGGAAGAAAAACAUCCAUCCUGGUGGAGCGGGAGGAGGAGGCAGGCUGUGGAGCUGGGACGCCCUUCUCGACCUAAAUCACUGUAAAUACACGCCGUAAAGACCGUGUUUUUGGUGAGAAUAUCUCCGAGCAAUUUCCCUCACCGCCGCCUCCAGCUCGCCAUCAGCAGCAGAUCACCUGCAGGCGUCUGCGGAUGUCCUGAGGCCGCUGAGGAGCCCGCGAACACCGGACCACGCGGCAGACUGAAUCGCUGGCUUGGAACAAAGCCAACUCUUGGUGGUUCUCACCUGGCGUGACCGCUCUCCCACCAACACAACACCUCUCCUGAUUCUCCUCUCUGCGCCUCCGCCAUCGCGUCCAGCUGUGGCCCUCGCAGGGCGCGCUCGCUGGCUCUCACCUGACCGGUCCCUGGCCUCAGGACGACAGCCAGCACCAACACCUUCCCUACAUGAGGGACAAGGCGACACAGACCCCCAGGGCCUGGGCAGAUGAGAGGAGGAGGGGCUCUCACAAGCGCUCGGCCUCCUGCGGGAGCACCGACCAGCUCAAGGAGUGUGUGUCUGUCUGUGAAACUCUCCAGAUUGCCAAGUUGCGGCAGCAGCUUCAGCGCAGCAAACGCAGCAGCCGCCAUCGAAGGGAGAAAGACCGCAAGUCCCCGUUCAAUGGCAGCCACACCAUCAUCCAGUCGCAGUCGCCCAUGCCCAAAACCAUUCUGAUCCCCAUCCCCAUAAACAAAUCGUCAGCGCCCCGUUUUCGCAACAGCGUGGAGGGUCUUAACCAGGAGAUCGAGCGCAUCAUCAUCCGAGACGCCCCUGAGAAGGAGGAGACCAUCGUGCCCCAGGAUGUUCCAGACGGGCACCGUGCGCCUCCGCCUGUGGCCCCACAGCGUAGCAGCAGCACACGCAGCAUCGACACACAGACUCCCUCUGGAGGCGGCCUGAGUGGUAGCCAUAGCAACUGCAGUAGCCGGCCCGACUCCAUCUCUCCCUCCUACCUCACCGUCCUCAACGACACGAGCGGGGGAAGCCCCUACGAGGACAAAGAGCUGGGACCCUGCUCUCCGCUGCCUAAAUAUGCUGCUUCUCCCAGACCUAACAACAGCUACAUGUUCAAGAGGGAGCCGCCAGAGGGCUGUGAGAAGGUCAAAGUCUUCGAGGAGUCGCUGCCCAAACCUCUCCAGCAGGUGCCGCCUUUUCUGUGUCCAGACCGCAACAAGGUCAACUUCAUCCCCAACAGCGGCUCGGCCUUCUGCCUGGUCAGCAUACUCAAGCCCUUACUGCCUGCUCCGGACCUCAACUUCCGACCCAGCGUGGGUCUGCGGAGCCUGUCCCCCUCCCUGGUGCCUCUUUCCACCCAGCCCUGCCUCCUGGAGGAGCCGGAGAGCUUCUGACCAAGACGACUGGACCAGCCCGGCCCUCCUCAAACGUCCCCUGCCAAUCGGAAAACCUUUCAAAAAUUCCAAGGCUCCAGAAAAAAAUGCCUUCAGCAUGCCAGCUCCGCUCUCUGAUGUCCUUCUCUUGUUGCAAAGCUCUUCCCACUGCCUGUCCUCCUGAGGCCACGUGCGGCGACCCGCGGCGGUGGCCGGCUCAGCAUCUCAUCGCCGUCCAUCACCUGUAGUGCUGGAGGAGUCGGAUGAAAGGACAGACUCUUUUGUUCCAUCGUACUAUACCAUGGCGCCUUUCCACGGACAUAUCACUUUUCUAUCUCUAGUUAUUUCUCUUGAUAUGAAAAAUGCCUUCCAUGACGGACAACAGAGGUCGCCGGUUGCCCUGGCGACCGAGGGAUUGAGGUUCAUUUUGGUGCUGCAAGAAAUAUCGUAGCAAAACUUGAAGGGUCGUGAAAAAUGUGCCUGAUAUUUUUCGACCACUCUGCUUCUCUUGGUGACUCAGUCACGUGAUCGUCACCAUGGUGACCAUAGAUACAGACAGGCGGAGCCCAACAGUGCGAAUACUAACACGGUGGCUUUCAGCAGUCAACCAAAACCCAGAAGUCAAUGCCUUUGUUUUGCUCUGUCGCCCCCUGCUGUGUAUCUGUGGAAGCGCAGGCCAGGACCCCAGUGUUCAGUCUAUUCCCACGUCCGCCUGCAUUAUUUCCUCCUUCACGUCCGCCUCCAUCAUCUCCCUGCUCUCUCGCUCUCCUUCACUUAUUAUAACCCCCGCUGUCAUGUGUUCUUGUGAAAAAUCUCACUUCCAGAGAAGAGGGCGCAGGUCCCCACCCGGGACCCUGACACCCCCUCUGGCCUGCAGUAUUUAGAGCAUGGAGGACUGCCACCUCAAAUCACCAGGAUGAUUCGCUUUUUAAUUCAAGCCCCGUUUCUGAGGAAGUUAAUUCCAAAGCUUGGAAAGUGACAUCUUUGUGACGUAGGGUUUUUAAGAAGGGAAUGGCUGAGCUUAAACAAAUACCAGACCAUCGAACGAUUUCUGGGAGAAAUUUAAGUAACUCCCACGUUGAUUUUAACUGUAUUGUGUCCACGACCUGGUGCAUACUAUUUCUGGCUCUCAGACCCUCCACACUCCUGCUCUUCCUCCUCACAACAUCACCACUACUCAACUGUGCCUGCUCCACUGGUUAAGAAUGUACCGGCUUUGUACAUACAGAGACGACGUGUUUGUGUCGGCUGACGAAGACAUGUAUCUUGACUGACUCAACUAUGGUACGACAACACCGCCCCUCCCCUUCCCAGGCUCUUCCCCGCACCCUCCGCAGAGUACUGUGAACUUCAUGUCUCAUUCUUGUGAAUAAUAAUGUAUUUAUUUAUCAGACGUGUUGCAGAAGAGGAAAUGGAUCUACAGAGAAUUCUAAUCCACAGACUACGUUGUCCGUCUCAGGGUGUGGUGAACAUCCCAACUGGUCCCUCAUGUAUGUAGCCUCCUGCUGGGACUCUGUAGUCAGACCUUCAGAUUCUUACUCUAAACACAAAUGUCACAGCCUCUUUGUCUGCUUUAGACAUUUGUUUACAAAAGUCCUGUAAUAGAAGUGAACGUCUGGAAAGGACGACAACUCAGUUGUCCCGUUUAUUGAAAACACAACUGCCAAGAAUGUCUCUGUUCAAUUCCCUCGAGUGAAAUAAAAAAAAAGGCAUUAUUGAAUGGAAUAAAGCAUCUGUGAUGA